UCCAUCCAGUCCUAGGACAAUCUUCUGUGAACGGACAAUGGCCACCAUGCCAAGCCUGACCCUGUGUGUGCUGAUUGUUCUCCUGGAAGGGGUCCAGUGGCUGCAGGCAGAGAACGUUUGUGGGAGGCCGAUAAUCGCUGAUCGUAUUGUUGGAGGUCAGGACGCAAAGAAGGGCGAGUGGCCAUGGCAAGUCAGCUUGCAAUUUCAGGGAGAACACUUGUGUGGUGGGACUGUCCUCACAAAUUCCUGGGUGAUGAUGGCGGCUCAUUGCUUCAUAAUGUCAGACAAUAGUUCCUCGUACAGAAUAUACCUUGGGGCAUAUCAGCUGACAAACCUUCAAGACCCAAAUGUAGUGUCCAGGGGGUUAAAACAGAUCAUAAUACACCCAGACUUCAAGUACGAAGGAUCGAGUGGAGACAUCGCCUUGGUGGAGUUGGAAAGGCCUGUCCAAUACACCAGUUAUAUCCUCCCUGUCUGCCUCCCAUCACAGUCCGUCACUCUGCCAGAAGGAACCUCCUGUUGGGCCACAGGAUGGGGGGACACUAAUUAUGGAGUUUCCCUUGAAAACCCUCAAACCCUUCAGGAGGUGGAGCUCGCUCUAAUUUAUAGACCAACUUGUGAGUCCAUGUACCAGUCCAGCCUGGGAUAUAGUCCUGUGUUCCACCUUAUCGAGGAUGAUAUGAUCUGUGCCGGCUACAAGGAGGGUCAGAAGGACGCCUGCCAGGGAGAUUCGGGUGGACCCCUUGUGUGCAACGUUAACAAUAUCUGGCUGCAGGUUGGAGUCAUUAACUGGGGUGUGAGUUGUGCUAAGCCUAAUAGCCCGGGUGUCUACGCCAGAGUUAAAAUGUACAUUGACUGGAUAAAGAGCUACGUACCUUCAGUCGGUAUCACUGACGCAGGUCUAGCCCAGCGACAGGGUAUUUUUCUGAACUCAACACAUGACCAGCUCAUCUCCCUCUCAGAAUCCAGCAGCAUCAACUCCACCCAGGAGGAGGCACAUCCUUUUCUGGUCUACACAUUGAGGGUGUCAUGUCUCAUCCAAAGAAAUACCACAGACUUUCCUGAUUACCGGAUCAAAGCUAUGUUCCUCUUUAUGUGGGAUACAGCAUCGAAGGAUAAUGGGGACAAAUAA